CUUGAACUGAACAUCAUUCGUUUCCAAGUUCCAACCCACCAUGGCAACGGCAAGUUAUGGUCUCGCUGAAACAUACGUGAUGACCAAGCUGUACAAGGAGAAAAUGAAGAAGCAAGCACAAGAAGAAAAAGAGAGAAACACCCACAUCAAGGUUCAUGCAAUCACAACAGAUUCCGAGGACAAAACCUCAAGUGGGUGUUUCUCCUUUCUUUCCAAGCAGCACCACAGGAAAAUUUCUCGGAUAUCUGAUUACAAUGACACCGAAGUCGCCAAAUCCUGAUUAAUGUUGGCCUUUUCGGAUUAGUGUUAUGCUUUUAACUACAAAGAUUGUUUAGUUCUUUCAAUUCUUCAUCUUCACUGUAUCUUGCUCUCUUUUUUCUUUUAAUUAUUAGUAUUUAUGUACGUA